AUGUCCGCCGAUUUAUUUGCCGCUUUUGAGGCUCCGGCUCCGAGCUCCAACGCGCAACAAAACCAGACUGCUAAACCCGGUAGUGUCUCGGCCGCGCCUGAAAACGGCCCAUUCUCUUUUUUGACAUCGAGCCUCGCCAGCCCCCAGUUGCAGUCUAAUAACCGGCAAGCUUCGCAAUGGCCGUCAUUCCAGUCUCAGAACUCAAACCAGGCCACCCAAGCAAACCCGUGGUUGCCGGCGCAAAGUAACCAACCGCAAAACGUUGGGUCCUGGGGGGACUUUGGCGCUCUCACUGGAACACAAGGUUUUUCUUCGUUCUUGGCUCAAGAACCGGAACCUACUAAAUCAGAAUAUGACGACGACGACACAUGGGGCGACUUUGAAAUUCCAGCGGCUGUCCCGAGCCCCCAGACGGACCCGCCACGCAACCGCAUCACCAGAGCGUCUACGAUUGAUAUAAUGUCCAACAAGCUUGUUGACGUAGGCUCGAACACCUCUACCCUGGAGCCGUGGCAGGAGCGGCCAUCCUGGGAGCGGCCUGUCUCGCAAAAAAGCGUGCCCAAGCGUGACCCAAACGUCCUAUUUGAUGCCGACGACUUUGACCCCGACGAGGACGGAGAGAAUGAUUUUGGCGACUUUGAAGCUGCCGCUGCCGCUCCUAAACCCGCCGCAUCAUCAAAACUCAUUCCCGACCUCCUGUCCCUUGAUACCCUCCCGGCCCAAAGUGCAGCACAGACAAGAAAGCAGUCUCCGGGACUUCUCUUGUCCAGCUUGAGCCUGUCUGGGAAUUCUACCGCUUAUCCUCAAGCACCAAAAUCCCCCUAUGGGUCCUUCAAGAACCGGAAACCCUCUCCUGUCACGGAGCUCAAGGUCAAGACGCCACAGCCGCCCGAGUUUCCAACAGAGGCGAAAAAGGGAUCGCCUACCCCAGUCACAGCCUGGCCAACUGUCGGCGAAGACGGAUUCGACAAUGAAUGGGCAGAUUUUGAAGACCUUCCGGGAACCCCCGAUCCCAAACACGCAAAUGGGUUUACAGCCCCGAGUUCGAACCAGGGUGAGCUCGGGCAAGCCAAUUCAAAGGCUGUCGGUGUGACUUCGUCCCCGGACCAACCCAGCCGCCCACCACCAACCAACGUGCCUCCACCUUCAAUAUUACUCUCCAUUUUCCCACAGUUACUUGAUCUCGCCACAACGUCGCUUCUCAAACCAAUUCGUGCAGUGUCAGCCCAGACGAAAGAGCGUGUGCUCUCUGACACCGUUACCGUAACCUUUCUGCGCGGCUAUCUUGCGCUCGCCACGGUCGCCGCGCGCGUCGUUGCUGGCCGCAAACUGCGCUGGCACCGGGACAAGUUCUUGAUGCAAGGCAUGGCUAUCUCAGCUGCCGGGGGCAAGGGCGGUAUGAAGCUUGCCGGCAUCGACAAGACGCAGUCAACCCGCGAGGACCGCGAGGCCGCCGAUGUCAUCGACAUAUGGAAAAGUCAAGUGGGACGCCUACGCUCUGCCGUCGCCGCUGCGAAUGCCGCCAUGAAAGACGGCGGACCGCCGCUAAAGGUUCCCGAGCUCAGCGUCAGCCUCCCAACCCAUACGGCGACCAUGGUGCCCACGGCGCCAAAGCCAUGCGUCAUCUGCGGCCUGAAAAGAGACGAGAGAAUCCCAAAGGUCGACUUUGACGUCGAAGACUCGUUUGGCGAGUGGUGGGUCGAGUUUUGGGGCCAUAGGGCUUGCAGGAACUUUUGGGUUGAACAUGAAGCCAAGCUGAGGCAGCGUUGA